CGCUUCCUCAAUGCAGGCCAUGCAGCUCAAGGGCGACUUUUUCGACCUCUUUGCUGAUGAGUUGGACGGCACAGUUUCGGUCAUGCUUUUUGGCACGUCCAGCUUUUUUCAUGCCAAUGCCACGGUUUUUGGUGACAACGUCAUCUCCGUCAGUGUUGGUGGCAACGCCAUCAACUUGUCCGAUUAUGGCACGGAUGUCUUUGAGUACAUGCAGGACAUCAGCACACUCGAUGCCGACCAGUCCUUGAUCUGCACCUAUUGGAAUUUCACAAUGGGAUCGUGGGCACAAGACGGCUGUCGCGCGGAAACGGUCAAUGCCACGCAUACGCGGUGUAUUUGCCGACACUUGACCAACUUUGCGUCCAUCGUCACACUUGAGUCUGGCGGUGGUGCCGGCAACGGCGAUGGUGGUGAAAAUGGCACUAAUCCAAACGGCGGGACGCUUAGCAGCACCGACGCAUACACGCUCGGUGUCAUUUCUUAUAUUGGCGUGAGCUUGUCUACGGCAGCCUGCAUCGUCAUGCUGGUGGCGUUGGCGACCGGCUGGACCCGCCUGCGCGUGUACCAAAAGCUGAUUGCCCCUCUCAGCGUGUUUCUGGUCGUGACACAACUUUUGUUCAUCACGGCGGCCGGCUCUGACACGCUGGUCGAAGCCACGGGGGUGUCAGACUCGUGCCGGGUGGUGGCGGCCCUUCUUCACUACAUGGUGUUGGCGACAUUUGCCCUCUUUUGUUGCGAGGCAUCCGAGCUGUACUUUAACUUUGUGCGCGUGUUCGGGGCGGGCGAGACCCAGCGUUUUCGCGUCCAAACCUAUGUGGCCGUUGUCCUCCUGCUACCCUUGAUCAUCGUGCUUAUCGGCGUGCUUGGCUAUGAAGAUGACUAUGGUACCACCGAGUACUGCUGGCUUCGAAACGAGUCCACGGCGGCUUACCUGUUGUGGGUUCCCAUGGGCGUCAUGCUACUCAUCAACCUGACCAUCAUGGUACGCGUGCUGCGCAAUAUCUCCCAACAUGCAGCCACAUCUGAGGUCAAUGUCAAACUCUUGGCCCUGGGCUUCUUGUCCUUCUCCGCACUUUUGGGUGUCGGCUGGGUGUGUGGCCUGUUGGCAGCAGCUCUGGAUUCAGUGGCGCUGCAAUACCUCUUUGCCAUCUUCAGCACCUUUCAGGGUGUAGCCAUCUUUGUGUUUUACUUCUUGCGUGAUCGCGGCUUCCGCCGCUACGUGAGCAUUGUCUGGUGUGAUGCGCGACUCCGCCGCAAGCUACCCAAUCAUCAUGUGGGCUUCUCUGACGUGCUGACGAUAUCUUCGGCCGCUACGGACUCGUCGCAAGUUCGCAGCUCGACAGCUGAGAAUGGCAUGCCGAGUCGUGCGAAGCACGGGCCUCCGCUCGGCUCACCCGUGCUUAUUCGUCAGCAAUCUGUGCUGAACUCUCUGUCGACGCUUUCGCCGUCUUCACACGAGACAGAGUUUUAAUUUGUAGCCGCCAAGCGGCUUUGCUACUAAUUGUGCCUGCAUGGGGAUUUACAUGACACGUUGUUAGUUAGUCGUGUCACACCUGUUUGUGUUCCUGUUGAGUUUUUCAUUGCUCACCAAUUGACAUGAUGAUGAG